AUGACAAUCCACGAGUGCCAUCUCAAUCCCUACGCUGCCCGGCGCAUACUCUGGGCUGGUGAUCGCGCCCAUAUCCCCCUCCAACCUCUCUGCUGUACCUAUUCACAAGCCGCCGAUCUCAUCGCCGACAACAUAGCCAAUGCUCUGCAUGGCCCCACUGGCCAGCCGCUCCACGACCCCUUCUACAAAAUCAAGGAAAACUGGAGACGCUCCAACCUCUCUGAUCUCGCGGCCGUCAUCAAAAACCCCUGGUUAAAAGGUAAGAAAGAACAAGAUCUUCUCGAUCUCUAUUUUUCCUAUUUCAACGCUAUGAUUUUUGGAGGCGCGCUUAAUACCAUGAGAUGUGUGAUGAAGCUCGAAGAGCCGAAUGCGGAACAAAAGGCGAGAAAUGUGUUGGGCACGACGGUUGAUAAGAGAGGAGAAAAGACUACCACGAGACAUAAUGUUCGUUGUUAUAUUAGUGUAUUUGUAAGGUCUCCGCCUCCUGAAAAUGAAGAGGAGAGUAAGAUCUUGUUGGAGAAUUAUCUGGGCACUAUGUUGCAUGAAAUGGUUCAUGCUUUUUUUAGCAUCUAUGUGUGUAAAUGCAAUACGAGCUGUAGGAGAAAGGUUCUGGAAUUUGAAGAAUCGGGGAUGACGGGACAUGGGAUGCAAUGGCAACGAGCGGCGAGGAGUGUUGAAAGUUUUGCUAGACAGGGGUUGAGAUUGGAUGUUCGGUUAGGGAGGGAGGAAGCAUUGGGAUUGGAAUUGGUGAUUGCGGAUAAAGAAAUUUGGUAUGUGGAUUUGGAGAAGAUGGGGAUGGAUAGGGAGGUUGUGGAUCGGGAGAUGGAUUGGUUUGCGCAUGUAUUUAUGGAGGAGUUGGAGGAAAGGAAGAUGAUUGAGAAGGAAAAGGAAGAUCGAUUGGAGAAAUUAGAACUUGAAAGAGUGGAAAGAGAAGAGGAGGAAGAACUCGCAAAGGAAGAAUGGGAAAGAGAAAGACCUGAACGCGAAGCGAAGGAAAGACAAUUGCUAAAGAAUCAUAGAGCACGUAUUCAUGAGAGUUUACGAGGAAUGAGCAGCAGAGCGAAUGGGAAGAUCUUCAAGAGGAUCACGAAUCCCGUGCGCAAACACCUUGCUACUUCGACGAGUCGACUAGAUGGUGAAGAUGCGACUGCGUCUUCACAAUCCUCUCUUCCUAAUUUUUUACUCGCCCGAAGAACGCAUUUCGCGACUGAAAAUGUAAGAAUCAGCCCAGCUACUAAUAAAUACCUCCAGAACCUGAAAUCAAGACAUGCAUAUCCGUACAUACAGAAAACGGUCAAUCCUAAUAUUCCUAGUAUAAAUGCAAAAUAUAAGAUAGGGAUGGAGGUAAGCAAACCUACUUACGAGAACAGAGAAAGGAACACAAAGAAAAUGGAGAGAAGCGGAAUGGCUCCUGUGAAGAUUCUAGAUCUGGAGAAUUUUUGGAAUUUGCAUGAGUGUGCGGAGGAGGUUUAUAGGGUGCGGUAUUAUUAG